AUGGAGGUGUCAUCUCUGAUUCCAUGCAAGGGCUACACCCCCUGGCAGGGGCUUCUUCUCACAGCCUCCCUUUUCACCUGCUGGCAUCUGUCCACCACUGCCCAAGUCACCAUUGAAUCAGUGCCGCCCCAAGUGGUUGAAGGAGAAAACGUCCUUCUACGUGCCAACAAUCUGCCAGAGAAUCUUCUAGCUUUCUCCUGGUACAAGGAGGUGAGGAAUGUGAACCUCAGAAUUGCACUAUUUGCACUGAACAAGAAUCAAAUUGUGAUGGGGCCUCAACACAGUGACAGAGAAACAGUGUACAGCAAUGGAUCCCUGUGGCUGAAAAAUGUCACCAAGAAGGACACAGGAUUCUAUACCCUACAAACAGUGAAUAGAGCUGGAAAAAUUGUAUCUACAACAACCAUGUACUUCCAUGUGUACACUUCCCUUUACACCUGUGGGCACCCUCCCCCCUCUGCCCAGCCCACUAUUGAAUCAGUGCCACCCAGUGUUGCUGAAGGGGGAAGUGUUCUUCUACUUGUUAACAAUCUCCCAGAGAAUCUUCAAGCUCUUUACUGGUACAAAGGGGUGAUUGCACACAAGAAGUUUGAGGUUGCCCGACACCUAAGACAAAUAGAUUCAAGUUUGCAGGGGCCUGCGCACAGUGGUAGAGAAGCAUUGUUCAGCAAUGGAUCUCUCCUGCUCUACAAUGUCAUCUGUAAGGACACUGGAUUCUACACCCUACGAACUCUGACUACAGAUCUAAAAGCUGAAGUAGCCCAUGUGCAACUCCAGGUGAACACCUCCGUUUCCACAUGCUCUAACUCUCCAACCUUCACACAAGUCACAAUUGAAUCAGUGCCUCAGUAUGUUGCUGAAGGGAAAAGCGUUCUUUUCCUAGUUCAUAAUCUGCCAGAAGAUCUUCAAGAAUUUUACUGGUACAAAUCAGUGUAUAGGACAGACAUCUUUAAAAUUGCAGAAUACAACAAAGCCAUCGAUUCCACCAUCUGGGGGCUUGCACACAGCCAAAGAGAAAUGGUAUACACCAAUGGAUCCCUGCUGAUCGAGGGCAUCACUGAAAAAGAUGCAGGAUUAUACAUGCUAGAAACUUUGAACAAAGAUUACAAAAUUGAAAAAGCAUUUGUGCAACUCCAUGUGAAGAAUUCUUUUGCCACUUGCUGUGACCCUCUAGCUGGAGCUCCACCCACUAUUGAAUCAGUGCCACCCAGAGUAACAGAAGGGUCAAGUGUUCUUCUAGUGGUUCACAAUCUCCCGGAGAAUCUUCAAACCCUUUUCUGGUAUAAAGGAAUUAAUGUGUUCAAGAACCAUGAGGUUAGCCGACACAUAAUAGCCAAGAAUUCAAGUAUGCCAGGUCCUGCACACAGUGGUCGAGAGACAGUGUACAGCAAUGGAUCCUUGGCUCUCCACAAUGUCACCUGGAAGGAUGCUGGAUUCUACACUCUAUUAACUCUGACCACAAAUCUGGCAGCUGAAGUAGCUCAUGGGCAGCUCCAAUUGGACACCUGCAGGUCCUUUCCAAUCCAGCUCACUAUUGAGUCAAUGCCACACAAUGUUGUUGAAGGGGAAAAUGCUCUCCUAAUUGUUCAUAAUAUCCCAGAGGACCUUUUAUCCUUUGUCUGGUACAAAGGGAUACCAAUUGUCAACAGUCACAAAAUUGUACAGAAUGUAGUAACCAGUAAUAAAAGUAUGCUGGGGUCUGAACUCAGUGGAAGAGAGACUGUGUACCCCAAUGGAUCUCUGCUGUUCCAACAUGCUGCCCAGGAAGAUGCUGGAUUCUACACCCUACGAACUUUAAAUGCACAGUUUGAAACUCAAGAAGCACAUGUGUACCUCCACAUAUACAAGCCUGUGGUACAGCCCUUUAUCCUAGUCACCAGCACCAAUGUUACAGUACAGAGCUCUGUGGUCCUAGCCUGCAUUUCAACUGACACUGGAAUCUCAACACAGUGGAUCUUCAAUAACCAGAGUCUGCAGCUCACAGAGAGGAUGACCUUGUCACUGAAAAAGUGCCGACUCAGCAUAGAUCCUGUGAGGAUGGAGGAUGCUGGAGAGUAUAAGUGUGAGGUCUCCAACCCAGUCAGCUCAAUGACCAGUCUCCCAGUCAGGCUUGCUGUAAUUAAUGAGUGA